AUGGGGAAAUUUACGGUAAGCACAGUCCUUGACAUUGGGAAGGCGAUACUACAAAACAUAACGAAUUUACUUGCUUCAGAUAUAAUCCUGAGCCAAUAUAUCUAUGGUGUAUUCUCGCCUUGUUCGGAUCGAGGAGCACUCGCUCGUAGUCUCUACUGGACAACAGCACAUGCGUCUCUGCCUGGCGCCAUUGAUGGUGCAUUGGUCAGACUUCACACGAAAUCGCAUCUCUCCCUUGUCCCCAUGCGCACGGACCACCGUCAAGGCACCGCGCGCAUUCCACCAACUUUUCCAUCGCAAAGUCCCAUCAACACCAUCACCAAUUAUCUCCCGUUUUUCUUCUUCACCACCACUCAAACAGAAAACACCGCGCUCUCAGCCAUGGCUUCAAAAUCAGCACCUCUAAUAGCGCCUCUCCUGCGCCGAGCUCUCACCCCACGAAACAUUCCCCGCUCGUUCUCUCUCCGCAGCAGCUCGCUUCCCGCCUCAUCAUCACAGCUUCGUUUCGCCCACGCCAUCCCCCGUCCUCCUCGGAAGCUCCCGCAAAAAGAACCCGCCACUACAGAUUCCCCUUCAAGCGAAAGCGACCGGCCCGAGCUCAAAGGCCCGGCAUUCUACCAGCUCUCCUUCACUUGCGUGCCCUGCGGCCAUCGCUCGCAUCACAACGUCUCGAAGCAGGGCUACCAUCAUGGCUCUACGCUGAUUACGUGCCCGAGCUGUCGUAAUAGACAUGUUAUAAGCGACCACUUGAACAUCUUUGGCGAUCGGAAAAUCACCGUCGAGGACUUGAUGAGGGAAAAAGGCCAGCUGGUCAAGAGGGGUUCUUUGGGCGAGGACGGAGACAUUGAGUUCUGGCCUGAGGAAGUGGUGCCAGAGGACUUGGCAGAGGAUGCGAGCAAAAACACAAAGGGAUCGACAUAA